AUGGAGGAUCACCUGUCGAAAAUCUCCAUGCUCCCCUCCUCCUCUCCCAGUGAAUCCACAGGGAGCAGUGGAACGGAAGACACCAAGAGUCCUGCCCCAGGCAAAGCUCUCAGCCCUGCUCUGCUCUGUAAAGUGUGUGGGGACACCAGCAGUGGUAAACAUUACGGUAUAUACGCCUGCAAUGGCUGCAGUGGUUUCUUCAAGCGCAGUGUGAGACGAAGACUCAUAUAUAGGUGUCAGGCUGGUACGGGAAUGUGCCCUGUGGAUAAGGCCCAUCGCAACCAGUGCCAAGCCUGCAGGUUGAAGAAAUGCUUACAGGCAGGCAUGAACAAAGAUGGUGACUUUUCAUUUUCUCCCUCGGCUCCUCCCACAGCUGUCCAGAACGAGCGACAGCCUCGCAGCACGGCCCAGGUGCGUCUGGACUCCAUUGAUGUAGACACAGAUAAGGAGCACCUGGCCACCACACGGGAGCCCAGCUCCUCCUCUUCCUCCUCCUCUUCCUCCACCUGCUCAGUCAUCACGCGGCCCCACAUCACCUCCUCCAUGUCCAUCAGCUCCUCUGCCCCCCCGCAGCGCUGUAUCAGCCCUCAGAACAACCAUCGCUUCAUGGCCAGCCUCAUGACUGCCGAGACCUGCGCCAAGCUGGAGCCUGAGGAUGUUGACGAAAAUAUUGAUGUGACGAGCAAUGAGCCAGAGAGAGCGUCGUCAGAGUAUCACAUGGCAUUGUACCCCUCCAGCAAUGAAAACGUGUAUGAGACCUCAGCCCGUCUGCUCUUUAUGUCUGUGAAAUGGGCCAAGAACUUGCCAGUGUUCUCCAACCUACCCUUCAGAGACCAGGUAAUCCUCCUGGAGGAGGCGUGGAGUGAACUCUUCCUUCUCUGUGCCAUCCAGUGGUCCCUGCCCCUGGACAGCUGCCCACUGCUCUCGCUUCCUGACCUGUCCCCCACAAUGCAGAGCAAGACCAGCUACACCAGGCUGGACCUUCGGCUUCUCCAGGAGGUCUUUAGCCGCUUCAAGGCCCUUGCUGUCGACCCCACUGAGUUUGCCUGCCUCAAGGCCAUUGUUCUCUUCAAGCCAGAAACUCGUGGUCUAAAAGAUCCAGAGCAGGUGGAAAACCUUCAAGACCAAUCUCAGGUGAUGCUGGGCCAACACAUCCGCUCACACUACUCAAGUCAACCAGCAAGGUUUGGGAAACUUCUUCUUCUCCUUCCCUCUCUUCGCUUCGUCAGCUCAGAGCGUAUCGAGCUUCUGUUUUUCCACCGUACCAUUGGCAACACCCCGAUGGAGAAGCUACUGUGCGACAUGUUCAAGAACUGAGUCCAGAACACUCAAGAUAGAGUCACAGUGCCCACAUGGACAACUGUGGGCACACAACUGUGUGGAUAU